AUGUCUGCAUUAAGAAUACUGCUGAGAAGAGUUACUGGGGGAAGUUCGAUGCCUGGUGGAAGUAAGAAGAUGUCGAUGGUUUAUGUUGCGUACUUGACGCUGGGUGUGACACUGCCCUUUAUGUUGCCAGCACAUAUGACACAGAAAGUGCUGAACGACUCACAUACAACUACUUACAAGGGCAGAAACAAUCCCAGAUGCAUUUUUGCUAGAUUGAUCUGA